CAUGUUUCCAUAUGCGCGCAAAACGCGAUAAUGAAGCUCUGGAUCGUCUUUACAGUACUACUAAAUCUUUAUCGCAUCUGAAAAUUCUGAAUAUUCGAGGGCCAUACAUAGAUGAUGACUUAUUAUUCAACCUCUCGAAAAUUUGUCACAAUGUUUUAACUCUUGAUCUUAAUGUUAUGAAUGGAUAUUUUAGAACAAAUUUUGCAACAAAUUGUCUGCCAAAGUUCAUCAAAAAUCAACAUAAUUUGCAAAAAAUAUACCUAGGGUGUUUCUAUAAAGACAUAUCGCCGAUCGUUGAAGCGUUGCAGACUCAAAUUCAUUCCCUCAUCGAUAUCCAGUUUACGUCUUGUAGAUUUUCCCAAAGUUCAUUGAUGGAAUCUCUUAUGACAAAAUGCACUAAAUUAAAAACCAUCACGCUUAAAUCACAUUUGAAUGAACUUAAAGAUAUGAAAUUAAUGCUACAGCCACUGGUCAACUGUAAUCUGACCAUGCUACGACAUCUUUCACUUGAUGUGUGGAGUUAUGAGGAUAGUCGGUUUGAAACCAUUGCGAGAUAUUUGCAAAAAGUACUUGAAU